AUGCUUCUACUGCUGCUCGAAACUCUGGCCCUGGCCUACGUGGCCUGGAGCUUGGUAGCGAUGGAGAUCAACUACCGCCGCGCGUGUGCUAUGAAAAUUCCUCUGGUGCGGCUGUGUAUCGACCCCCAGAACCUACUUUGGGUCAUUCUCGAGCCCCAUCUCUGGCCCUGGCUCGAUCGACUUCCUAUCAACUGGGGUAAUUUUGGUCGCUACUCUCGGCGCGGCUGGUACUUUGCCGACCGAGGCGAGUCGCAUCGCCGCUACGGUCCGAUCUGGGCGCUGGUCACUCCCAAGGAAAUUUACAUCAAUGUCGCCGACUCAGAAGCAAUCCAUGACAUCUUCCAACGACGGACGGAUUUUAUUCGCCCCGUGGAACAGUAUACGGUGCUCGAAGUCUAUGGACCAUGUAUCUCCACGGCAAAUACAACCGACUGGCCACGUCAUCGAAAGGUGCUUGCUACUCCUUUCAACGAGAGUGUGAUGUCCUUUGUAUGGGAUGAAAGUGUGGAGCAGACCCGCCAGAUGAUUGACAUCUGGGCCUCUCCAGACCUCGAUAAGAUCUCCAGCGUCGCGAAGGAUACCCGUACACUAUCGUUGAAUGUCCUCGCUGCUAUAGGAUUUCGAAAAUCGUAUCCUUUUCGCAGUGGUAAUGGCAACAGUCACCGGGAGCAAAGUGACUCUGUAAGCUAUCGUGAUGCCUUGCAGACCGUGCUCGAUAAUGCCAUCUUGCUGAUGAUUAUGCCGCGGCGACUCCUCUCUCUUUCGUUUGCUCCGGAAUCGUGGCAACAAUUGGCCAAAGCCGCGACGGACUUUAAGCAGCACAUGGUGCGUAUGCUGGACGAGGAGGUACAGGCCUUGAACGAGGGCAAAGCUGGCUCGGGGGGUCUGAUGACGUCCUUUGUGCGCGCCAUGAAUCUCAAGCAGGAGGACGCACGGUCAAAAGGACUGACUACCGACGAGAUCUUUGGCAACAUAUUCGUGAUCAACUUUGCGGGACAUGAUACAACGGCCAAUACGCUAAGUUUCGGACUACUUCUUUUGGCCGCGUACCCCGAGGUGCAAGACUGGGUUGCAGAGGAGCUCCUGUUGUUGACAAACACCAAGGGUCAAUAUGCUGACCUUUUCCCCAAGCUCAAUCGCUGCCGCGCUGUCAUGCUGGAAACCCUCCGUCUCUACCCCCCGAUCCCUUCCUUACCCAAAUGGACCAACGACCAGGCCCAACCACUGAAAGUCGGCGAUAGAACGAUCAUGAUCCCACCAAAGGUAGGAAUCAAUCCUAGCCUUCUCACAAUGCACAUCGAUCCUCAGCACUGGGAGGAUCCGCUGGAAUGGAAACCAUCACGAUGGAUCACGCCCACCAAGUUGGUCAGGGCGAUUUCGAUCGAAGAUGAACAACUCAUCACUCCGGUGCGGUGCACGUACUUCCCCUGGUCGGAUGGGCCACAGAACUGCCCCGGGAAUAAAUUCUCGCAGGUGGAGUUUGUCGCGGUCAUCGCCAGUCUUUUCCGGCAUCACCGGAUCAGUCCCGUCGCGAACGCGGGAGAGACGUUCCAGCAGACGCGCGAGAGGGUGCUGGCUACUACGAGAGAUGUUGAUCUGCAGCUGCUUCUACGGAUGAAGGAUGCAGAGCGGGUACAUUUGAAAUGUCGGCGGGUCUAA